GACCUCUGCUACGCAACGCGUCGAUGCGCGUCACCACACUUUAGAGGUAGCAGCCAAGUGUUUCCACAGCGUCUGGAGGCCGGUCAAAACGUUACGUCCGUCCAGUCGCUUGGUUAAGGUACAAGAAGCGCUGUCACGAACUGCAGUAUCCGCCUCGGCCACACUUCUCGACCAUGCUCACUUUCCGCCGCGCCCUGGUGGCAGCGGCCUUCUUCCUCACCAUCUUCUACCUCAUAUCUUCAUCCUCGUCGAACCCUCCAUCAGCAACGACACCAGCUGUCCCUAAAGCCGACGCCGAUGUCGAGACAGCCAAGCAUGCAUCAACCACUGCUGUGACGGACAAGAGCUCCUCGGGCGCCAACGCCGCUCAACAAAACCCGCAGGGCCAACGACCGAUCCAAGACAUGUCACGAAUGACACUGUACGAAAAGCUCGCGUAUCAGUUUCCCUACGAUGUCGAAUCCAAGUUCCCCGCCUACAUUUGGCAGACGUGGAAGUGGACACCAGCACACGGCGAAUUCAACUUCCGCGAUCAGGAGGCCACAUGGACACAGCAACACCCUGGGUUCAUUCACGAAGUUAUCACCGACAAGGUCGCCGUACAUCUUAUCCGUCUGCUUUACGCAUCCGUCCCCGAGGUAGUGGAGGCCUACAAUGCGCUUCCCUUGCCGGUGCUCAAGGCCGAUUUCUUCCGCUAUUUGAUUUUGCUGGCGAGGGGCGGCAUCUACUCGGACAUCGACACGUAUGCGAUUCGGAGUGCCGUCGAGUGGAUUCCCGAUUCAGUUCCCAAGGACGCCAUUGGUUUGGUGAUCGGCAUCGAGGCUGAUCCAGAUAGGCCGGAUUGGAAGGAGUGGUACAGCCGGAGGAUCCAGUUCUGUCAGUGGACGAUACAGAGCAAGCCAGGUCAUCCUGUGCUGCGGGAAGUCGUUUCACGCAUCACGAAUGUGACGCUGGCGAUGAAGAGAAACGGGACACUGAGAGGCGUGGUUGAUAAGAAUGUCAUCGAGUUCACCGGGCCUGCCCUCUGGACCGACGUCAUCUUUGAGUAUUUCAACGACCAGCGUUAUUUCGACAUGACACACUCGGCUGGAUCCAUCGACUGGAAGAACUUUACGGGCAUGGAGGCCUCGAAGCGGGUAGGAGACGUGGUCGUUCUCCCCAUCACAAGCUUCUCUCCUGGCGUGGGCCAGAUGGGCGCUAAGGAAUAUGACGAUCCCAUGGCGUUCGUAAAGCAUGAUUUUGAGGGCACAUGGAAACCCGAGAGCGAACGCCACAUUGGAGAAAACAAGUAAAACAUAUGCCAGUACGGCUUGGCACCAAACUCCAGCGGCCUUGAGUUCUUCACUUCCGUUUAAUAUCGACGGCCAGGCACAUUUCCUAGCCUCGACGCUCUACAACUUGUAAUUUCUUGACGCAACUAAUUCAUCAGCAUGGUCACGGC